CCAAGAGUCUUUAUCAGUGUUCAGCUUUAAAUCCGUCUACCAGAUUAGCCUUAAAAUUUCACAUUUCCCAUACUGUGUGUUGGCAACAAUCUUAUAAAAGGCAGAGGCAAAGCAAGCAUUUCUAAGCAUUACAUUUUAUUUAUGAUGCAAUUUGGUGAAUGGGUUCCUUUUAUUUUUUUAUGGUAACAAGAAACUCCUGUGUAUAUCUAUAUCUAUCUAUCUAUACAUAUAGAUAUAGAUAGAUAUAUAUUUAUCUCAAAUGUGCAAUAGAUAGUCAAAAAGAAAAGGUGGAUUUAUAACUAAUGUUAAUUGUUGUAUUUGACAUGCAAUUUGGUUGUCAAGAAGUUGUGACGAGAGACAAAUGAUAGUUUUUGAAGGUUUCCCUGGAGAUAUUUUGUAUUUUAAAUAAUAUUUUGGAACCCCUUUUCUACACCUGUCUCGGGACAUGUUUAAUUUACACAACAAAUGCGUGUUUUAGUAUUUUGUACAGAGGUUACUUUGAAAUUCAUGGGUGGGACAGAAAUUGUCCUCCAAUUGCAGAAUGGCCCAUUUAUGAAUGCCAAGUGUCCUCAUUUGCUUCAUGGGCUCAGUGAAUGAAUGAACAGUUUUAACAGGCGAUACGUGCAAUUCUACUAUAAGGCCACUAGAUGCCGCUGUUAUUCCAGCACACUUGACGCUCGCUUCCAAUUCUCUGCAGGUUAUUGAUGGAAGGAUAAGGAGUGCCUACAUAUUUAUGCGUUCCUAUAUAUUCUAACAUAUUAUUAAGCUGGAGAUAGCAUAUAUGCAACAGGUGCUCGGACUUGGACACAAUAAAAAAACCAGCUUUUAUCUGGUCAUGCUUUUUAGGUUUAGCCUGCAUAUAUCAUGGAUCUAACUUGAGCCCACCCAGAGACCCGCCUCGUUCAUUCAAUUGGUCUGCCACGAACCUGUUUGGUGAAAUCCGCCGUUUGUCAGUCAACACUACUGUAUCCUCCUCCUCGCUUGGCAUCAUCCUGUUGUGUGCCCACCUAGUUCCAGCGACGAGCGAGCCGAAAGCCUUCUGCUUGAAGUGAAUAUAUUUCUAGCAAAAGCCGCCGGCUCGGCACGCGUUUUCAGAUUUGUUUUCGGCCGUUGUCGUAGCCUUUUAUUUUAUCGUCAAAAUGAGCCAAGAUGUAAUAGGCUGCUGUGUAGUUAUAGCUAGCUAGGCAGUCAAAUUCCUUCAACCAGCAGCCUGCUGCUUCAAUCACUGCGGGUUGACACAUUUUAGCCGAGGCGCUGUUUAGUGAGCUAGCGGGCUAGCAGGGCAGCCUCCGUAGCCGUUACGUCUAAUUUAGCCAGCGUUAGCUGAUGUAGUUACUCGGAAAACAGGCGCAGUGCUGCGGUGUGGAUAGUGCAACAUAGAUUACCACUCUAAUAUUAGCUUGCUGACAAGGGGUCUUUACUUUUACAGCAUAAACGGGCUUAUCUAACGUUGGGGAGAGUGCACAGAUAUCAGCUGUUACGGGUUCGGAUGUGGCGACUCUGCGGUCUUAAACCACUUUUAGCGGAUUGAGAAGAUUAAAUUAAAGAAGGUAGAAUUGGAUCUCCCAGUGACACACAAGGGGUUAAUGAUAUAAACGGGUAUUAAGUGGCUAAUCUGUGGCAGCUGGAGUCAUUUUAAUAUUAGCUGUAUUAAGAGGCGUGCAGGCUGAGAGCAUCUCGGGGAGGCCCCACCGUCUGCUGGCUCCCUCCUCCCUGUCCGAAUCUCCCGUGAUUUGCCGAGAUCGCCCGGUUGAAGUCGCAGUUGCUCUCGGCCGGGGGGACAACUUGACAGCGAGGCCCCUUGGCUAGUCUCCCCCCCACCCCCUCCCCCAGUCCUAUCCAUCCAUCCACUCGUCCGGUCCGACACUACUACCACCACCACCACCUCCCUCCUCCUCGCUAGAGACAGAAGCGAGGAAACCGAGGUUCGGGAGAAGCUGAAACCGUGGGCAAGUGUUCGUUAGGUCCCGCCUGAACCGGGCUGCCAAAAACCAGAGGGGAUGACUCUGGAGUCCAUGAUGGCUUGCUGCCUGAGCGAAGAGGCGAAGGAGUCGAAACGAAUCAAUGCAGAAAUUGACAAACAACUCCGCCGAGACAAGCGAGACUCCAGGAGAGAGCUGAAAUUACUGCUGCUCGGUACAGGAGAAAGUGGCAAGAGCACCUUCAUCAAGCAGAUGAGGAUCAUCCAUGGAGCUGGAUACUCUGAUGAAGAUAAAAGAGGCUUCAUUCGACUUGUUUACCAAAACAUCUUCACCUCCAUGCAGUCCAUGAUCCGCGCCACUGAGAACCUCAAGAUCCCCUACAAAUAUGAAGACAACCGGGCUAAUGCUAUGCUUGUGAAGGAGGUGGACAUUGAGAAGAUCAAUAGUUUUGAGCAACCAUACAUCACAGCUAUUAAAAGCCUGUGGGCUGACCCAGGAAUCCAGGAGGCCUACGACCGCCGCAGAGAAUACCAGCUCUCUGACUCCACAAAAUAUUACCUUAGUGAUAUAGACCGUGUGACUGCGGAGGGUUAUGUUCCCACCCAGCAAGAUGUACUGAGGGUCCGUGUUCCCACCACGGGUAUAAUAGAGUACCCGUUUGACCUGGAGAACGUCAUCUUCAGUUAUCUUUCGGAUCUGGAUCGUAUUUCAGAUCCCAACUAUCUUCCCACACAGCAGGAUGUACUCAGGGUGCGCAUCCCCACUACAGGAAUCAUAGAGUACCCCUUCGACUUGCAAAGCAUCAUUUUCAGGAUGGUAGAUGUAGGGGGCCAGAGGUCAGAGAGGAGGAAGUGGAUUCACUGCUUUGAGAAUGUCACUUCCAUUAUGUUUCUUGUGGCGCUGAGUGAGUAUGAUCAGGUCCUGGUGGAGUCGGACAAUGAGAACCGCAUGGAAGAGAGUAAGGCUCUGUUCAGGACUAUCAUUACCUACCCCUGGUUUCAAAACUCCUCAGUCAUCCUCUUCCUUAAUAAGAAAGACCUGCUAGAGGAGAAGAUCACCUACUCGCACUUGGUGGACUACUUUCCCGAGUUUGAUGGUCCCCAGAGAGAUGCACAGGCGGCGCGGGAGUUCAUCCUCAAGAUGUUUGUGGACUUAAACCCAGACAGCGACAAGAUCAUCUACUCUCACUUCACUUGUGCCACGGACACUGAGAACAUCCGCUUUGUGUUUGCAGCUGUCAAAGACACCAUCCUACAGCUCAAUCUCAAAGAGUACAACCUGGUGUGAGGGCUCAAAUGCGACGCACAUCUCCUCCCCCACUGCACAAAUGCACACCUCUUUGGGAAUGUGCCGUCAGCUCCACAUGCAUUACACAGCACAUCACUCCAGCUCACAUACACAAACACACAGACGCAGAUGUGCACGCACGCACGCACACAACCCCUCCCCCGACAGAACCUUGGCUUUUUUUUUUUCUUUUUUUUUUCCCCCUCCCAGUACAGUGAAUCCACAGAUCCUCCCACCUGCAGACGUUGCCCCUCUUCUUUCACCAAAGCCUCUUCCUCCUCCUCUCGGCAGCUUGCUGUGUUAGUCGUCAGUCCUCCCAAAGCUGCUCUGUGGGUGUGGGUGUGGAUUUGGCCCCGGCUGCUGGCUCUGGCACACAAACCUUUCACACGAGCUGUACAGUGACUGGAGGGGAUUUUGGUGUGCGUGUGAGUGAGUGUGUGUGUGUGUGUGUGUGUGUGUGUGUUUGUGUAUUGGGGGCAUCAUUGAUUUGAGAGGAUCUGUGUUUCGGUGAAUAGCGGCAUCAUACCCCCUGGCCCUUCGGAGUUUACCCUCAGCGGUGCGAGAGCAGAUCCUCCGUCGUCUCCUUUCCCCGCUCCUGCCAGUGUGGAAUUAACAGAGUGCCGUAUCCCCUGACGCCAUCCGAGGACCUGAGAGAUACUUCAGAGCGACUCGGUGGGGGAUGGGACUGAGGAUUCUGUCUCCAUCUUGCGUCUAUGAAUGUACCCACCAGUGUGAGCAUCGCAAUCACAAAAAAUAGAAAAAAAUAUAUUAUGAAGUAAAUGCAUAUGUAAACACUUAAAACAUGAAGGGGGGAGGGGGUCAGGGAGCAGGAGAUGGCUAAUCAAAAUCUGUUAAUUGCUGAGAUUUUUAAAAAAAAAAACACUUUUUAAUGUAUUUAACAAGUAUGAUUAAAUGGAGUGGUUGUAAGAAAAUUUUGCAAGACGACAAAAAAAAAUCUAAAGAAGCAACCAGAAAUUUACUUGACAUAGGUAUCCUUUUAAGAUCUUCUUUUUCUUUUUUAUGUUUAAGUUGAUCACAUGCUUCCCUCCUCCAGAUGUUAUCUAUAUGGAUUCACAGGAACAAUCUUCCAAAAUAUCGUCAGUGCAUCUGGUUCCACUGGUACACACCCAAUGCCCCAUUAUGAAACACUAAGUAGCGGGUGAGAGGACAGCUGCUUUCAAUGAGGCUCUGCUCUGAUUGGUGGAUGCGGAGGGGAGCUGAUGUCAUCAGUGUUCAGAGCACAUCUGCAGCUCGGGCUGCGAGUAGCUUAAUUCCACAAAAACAAAAAAAAGCUGCAGUGCCCGCACUCUAAGGCACGAGUAGAAUCCAUGCGGUAACAUCUGAUGACGUCACUCAGCCGUCCAAUCAGACACACUUCCUAUAACGGGAGGUGCUUCUGUUUACUUUCCUUAAUUUGUUUUUUGUUUUUUAAACUGUAUAGUCACUUUGUUUAUAAAAAAAAAAAAAAAAAGAUUGCUUAAUGUUGAGUGAUUUAGAGGAAGGGAUGGUUAUGAACCCUUCACAGAAAACACACUAAAGUCUGCAAAUGUUUGUGUAUAUCUGUUUGUAAAUACAUAUACACAAAACACUCCUGUACAGAAACGCUCUGUGGUACACCAUCUUUGGCCAAAAAAAACAAACGUACAAAAAAAAGUAUUAGCAUACAUAUUUUUCUUUUGGUUUUUUUCCUAUGAAUUUAUGGUAGUAUUGAUACUGUGAUUAUGGAUUUUUGUUCACUUGAUUAAUAGGACUACACGCAGCUGAUUGGUGUUUAGGAAACAAGCGGCAAGGGAGCAAGAAAGGGGGGGGGUUUACUCCCAACCAGCCUCAGAACACCUCACUACUGCAUUAGCUCUGUCUCCAGAGUUAUUCUAACUAGGGCUGGUUUAAAAAAAAAAAAAAAAAAAUCUUCACAGUAUGGUGACAAGAUGAUUUUAAAAGUAAUUAAAGAUUUUUUUUUUUUAUUUAUAUAAUUUAUGGACCAGGUUUGAAGGUGUUGAUAAUUUGACUGUUUUCGAUUUUGUUGAGUUUAAAGGCUCCUUUUUGGGUUUUGUUUUUUGUUUUUCCUCUCCUGGCGGAGCCUAACUUGAGUCUGAACUGCUGUAAAAAUGAAUGUCUGGUAUAGUAAGGAUCUUAUCUCUGCUUUCUCUUUCUUAUUGAGACAUUUCCAGUUGUACUUGCCAUGACAUCUCCAUUCAUGAUGAAACUGUUUUUCUUUAGGAGCCCUCACAUUUUUUUUUUUUUUUUUAAAGAAAUUCAUAUUUUUCUCUGUUUAUAGAUGCAGUGCUGUAAUGAAUACCUAAGAAAAUGUACAGUAUGAACAUAGUUGGAUUUUUUUUUUUGUUUUUUUUGGUCUGGCUCUUGAGUAGUGCCAGUGAAGUAUGGAUAUACUUCCUUUUUUUUUCCUUCCAGUGUCUUUGACCUUUUCUACAGGUGACUUACCCUUCAUCCUCAUUAAGGGCUAUCACAGUGCAUAAGGCAUCAGACAGUGGGGAGUGGAGUACAGGACCACAGUGAACCAAGUCAUCCAAUACUAAUAUGUUUAUAAAUGGAGAUUACUUGCAGUAUGUGCUUUAAGAAGUAUAGGCAGGGUGUUUGUGUGCGUAGAGAGUUUACCACCACUAAGCAGUUUUCUUAAUGCAUUUAAGUAUUGGGCCCUACGGCCAACCUGAUCUUCACUACGUUUUGUUUGCAUUGGUAUCACAGAGUUACCUGUGAUGCCCUGUGCAGUAUAGAAACACUUAUCAGUAAAGACACUACUACCAGGACAAGUAUUGUGUGUUUUCCAGAGUAUUUGAGCUAUUGAGCUAUAGAUGAUAGCCAGGAAAUUCUUUUUUUCUUUCUUUUUUGUGUGCAUAUUUUCACCUGUCCACAUUUGGAUGUUGAUUUUCUAGGCAGCCAUUACUUUCAGCUGAAGCCAGUAGAGGGGUCUGAUUUGCUCCGAAUUCAGCCUUUCUUUGCGUAGAAGUUGUUGCUGUGUGAUAGCUACCUCUUAAAUCAUGGACUUGAGCACAUAAACUUGGGCAACUUUUCUGCAUUGUCAGACUUGGCUGCGUUAUCACGUAAUUACAUAGACAACACUAAAUAUUCCCUGAGAAGUGGGAUGAAAUCCUCAUCCACUAUCCAAGAGCAGAGGUCUGUGGAAAUUUACAGUUUCUCUGUUACUUGUUUUUUCUUUUUUUUUUUUCUUUUAAAUGAGCGGAAACCAAAGGCUACACAAGUCAGUAGUUCAACUUAAAAUGUAGGUAUGCUUCAAAAGUGCUAAGUGGUGAAAUAAAGUCUGAACAUUAAUAUAUAUACAUAUAUAUUUAAAGGAAAAAAAACACCAGUGCGGUUCUUAAUGGCCAUUUCUGUCUGCUGAAAAUGACCCUGCUUUUGUGUUGACAGCCAACUACUUGGACUGCUGUCUUAAGGAGGAAAUGAAGUGGGAUGACUAAAUCGGUAGAAAUCCCCAAGUAUUUAUCAGUAGUUGUGUUAUUAUUUACUGUGUGUGGAGUGCAGCUCACUUUAUUGGUGAUGAACCAUUUCAAACUUGACUCUUCAACUCUGGCACAUGGCGAAGGGCCGCGUGGCUGUCGGUGUGGGCUUGUUAGCAGGCCAGCGUUGCACAGCAUGUUAUUUUUGUGACACAUUUUUGUCUCAACAUAUGAGCGGGAAAGGGGGAAGGCAGUUGUUAUGAUAAUUAAUUAUCCUGUCUUUAGCAUUAACUUGUUAAAACAAAAAAGACUGGGUUGUGUUUUCACUACAACACUUAUUUAUUGCCUUUCAUUGCCUUGACUAACAAGAGAUGGUAAAGAUGGCCCUGUGUGGUUUUCCUUUCGCCACAUUUGGGCGAUCAGGGUUGUGUGGCGCCCCCCUUCCCGUGGGCUCGUUGUUGGACUAAGGGGCAUCAAACGUAUCUUUUGGACAUCAGUGUGAAGUUGGUGCAUACUCAAAUGUUUCCCCCUCCCUUUUUUUUUUUUUUUUUUUUUUUUUUUUUUUUUCUUUUUUGGUGAUUUGUUUUUUUUUCUUCCUCUUUCUCUGUAUGAUAAGACAUUACCAGAACACUAUUAUUUUAGGACCACUUGAUUUAAUUUCCCUCACUCCAUUGAAACCUGAAGGUCAAUUGUGUAGUGGUGUGUAUAAAAUGCUGUUUUUUCUUUCUUUCUUUCGCUCUUUAUUUUGUAUGUAAACCAAAUGUAAAUUAUGUAUUAUACUGAGUGUGCCAACCCCACUCUCUCUAGAGCCAGGCUCUCUCUCCAAGUGCCAACGCUGUGGUCAUUUAUCAAAAGGACCACCACCCGAGAUGGUCCCCCUUUUUAAAUAAAACACACCAGAGACUAAAAGGAUCCACGAUUAAGUACACAUGAAGACUUUAUUCUGUAUUUAAGAUCGAAGAUUUAGGAGAUAAUCUGCUGUUUUCUAAGAAACUGUAAUUAUAAUUGCAUGUGCUGUUUAUUUUGUGUUGGAAGUGAGGGCUUGGAUGUUUUCACUGAAGCAGAGCCCUUUACGUAGGGGUUUCAAUCAGUUGGUUAUUAUCAAUUUAUUGAUUUACAUAACUCUUGCCAUAUUUUUUUUUUUUUUUUUUUUUUAAAUGUGUUUCAUGUAUUUGUUUCAACCACUGUUGCCUGAUCCUCAUUCAAACAUGAACAUGACUUAUGAUCAUUGCCGCCUUCUAAGAGAGAAACAUAAUGACAAGGUAUCUGUUUUAAAUUGAAAUAAAUUUGUUCCUAUACUUGCUGA